AUGCAACCGCUCUCCCUCCUCUCCAGCAUCCUCCUCGUGCUCCCCAACCUCGCCGGCGCCGCCCCUGCCGCCGGCGCCGCCGGGUCCUUCCUGCUCAUCCCCACCACCGACUCCGUCGCCCUCUCUUCUGCGCACUACUCCUCCUCCGACGUCGAAACAUUGGGGAAUGGAAGAACAGCAGCGCCGCCGAAGCAUCAGCAGCAGCAGCAGCUCGCCGAGGUGGUGCUGGCGCUAGCGGACGAAAGCAGCAGCACCGACCUCGUUUCGCCGUCAGCCGUCUCCACCACCAACAAGGCGCUUUCGACCAUGACGUCCGGCGCGGCGUCCGCCUUGUCGACAACGACGACGACAACAACAACGACAACAACAACAUCGUCCUACGCCCCCGUAGUGGAGGAGGAGCAGGAGGAGGAGAGCGACGAGGAGAAGAAGAAGUCUUCGAGCAACCAAAAGCGAGCGUCGGAAGGAGGCAGGACGACCGGGAGCAGUUCUGCGGGGUCAGAUCUGUUCUUGGGGGAGGGCAAGGUGUUUGGGGUCAUGGUUCUGGGGUUGCUGGUUGUGCCCGGGGCGUUGGUCUUGGGGUUGUAA